CUCAUGCAGCCACCAAGUAUAAGACCAAAAGCAUCUGCACGCCAUGUAUCUCCCCCUCUACAUCCCGCAACCUCUUCGCCUGCGUCUUAUUCACCGGACCUGCUCACAACUCUACGCGGCUGGUUUGUGUGCGCCAUUUGUUUGCUGGCCUUGCCACACAUCUUUUGUUUUGCUAUUUAAAGAGUGCUCGGUGCUGCCAUCAACCCAUCACCUUCGUGAGCAGCUGGACUGUCAUCUCUCCACAUUCAUCCUAAUCACCGCACGCACUUGCACUCUUGCAAAGAAGAACCCAUCACCUUACCCAAGAUGGCGCCUUUCAAGAAGAUGUUUGGCAAGAGACUAUCACAGUCUGAGCCAGUAAACACCGAGGACCCUGACCAUGAUCUGGAAACUGGUCAGUUCAUCAGCCUCCGUGGAGGUGGCAGCGACCCUGCCCCCGCUGCAACCUCGCAGGCGCCCGCCUCCACUGGCGCCGCACCAGCCGGCCAGGAGAACCCAUACAUGGACGAGUACCAAGCUCUCGUCCGCUACAUCGACACCUACCGGGAUCCUCGCGAGAGUCAGGGCGAGGAGGAGCUAGAGAGCGAUGAGGUCAAGAAGGCCCCCUGGUGGGCUUUCUGGAGGCCCAAGGGUGCCACCAAGAGCCUUUCGGACUUCAACACCCCCGCUGAGUGGCUCAACACCAACAUUUCGGCCGGUCUUGACUCCCUCGAGGUUGAGAGGAGACGCAAGUACUCGGGAUGGAACGAGCUCACCACCGAGAAGGAGAACAUGCUUCUCAAGUUCAUUGGUUUCUUCCAGGGUCCCAUUCUCUAUGUCAUGGAGGCUGCUGCUAUCCUUGCCUUUGCCCUUCAAGACUGGAUCGAUGCCGGUGUCAUUGUCGGUAUCCUGCUGCUUAACGCCAUCGUCGGUUGGUACCAAGAGAAGCAAGCCGCCGAUGUCGUCGCCUCCCUCAAGGGUGACAUCGCCAUGAAGGCCCGCGUCGUCCGUAACGGCAGUGAACAGGAGAUCCGCGCCAGGGAGCUUGUCCCUGGUGACAUCGUCAUCAUUGAGGAAGGCCAUGUUGUUCCCGGCGAUGCCCGUCUUAUCUGCGACUACGACAAUGCCAGGGACGGCUUCGCCCAGUACCAGGCCGAACUCAACGCCCAGGACAUUUCCAGCCCCCGCGGCGAGAAGUACGAGUCUGAUGACGAGGAUGGUACUCCCCACGUCGGCCACGCCAUUGUUGCCAUUGACCAGUCUGCCAUCACUGGAGAGUCUCUCGCCGUCGACAAGUACAUGACCGACACCGUCUACUACACCACCGGAUGCAAGCGCGGAAAGGCCUACGGUAUCGUCACCCACGGCGCCCAGGCCUCGUUCGUCGGAAAGACCGCCUCGCUCGUCCAGGGUGCUCAGGACCAGGGUCACUUCAAGGCCAUCAUGAACUCGAUCGGUUCUGCUCUCCUGGUUCUCGUCGUCGUUUUCAUCCUCGCUGCCUGGAUUGGUGGUUUCUACCGUCACUUGGCUGUUGCCUACCCCCAGGACAGCUCCGUCAACCUGCUUCACUAUGUUCUUAUUCUGCUCAUUAUUGGUGUCCCCGUCGGUCUGCCCGUCGUUACCACCACCACCCUCGCCGUCGGUGCCGCUUACCUCGCCAAGGAGAAGGCUAUUGUUCAGAAGCUCACCGCUAUCGAGUCGCUUGCCGGUGUCGACAUUCUCUGCUCCGACAAGACUGGUACUCUUACCGCUAACCAGCUUUCGGUCCGCGAGCCGUUCGUCAUGGAGGGCGUUGACAUCAACUGGAUGAUGGCUGUCGCUGCUCUCGCCUCGAGCCACAACAUCAAGUCCCUCGACCCCAUCGACAAGAUCACCAUCCUCACCCUCAAGCGCUACCCCAAGGCCAAGGAGAUGAUUUCUGAGGGCUGGACCACCGAGAAGUUCACUCCCUUCGACCCCGUCUCCAAGCGUAUUACCUCGAUCUGCAACUACAAGGGCGUCAAGUACACUUGCUGCAAGGGUGCACCCAACGCCGUCCUUGCCAUCAGCAACUGCACCGACGAGCAGAAGCGUCUCUUCAAGGAGAAGGCCACCGAGUUCGCCCGCCGUGGUUUCCGUUCGCUCGCUGUUGCCGUCCAGGAGGCCGAUGGCCCCUGGCAGAUGCUUGGCAUGCUUUCCCUCUUCGACCCUCCCCGUGAGGAUACCGCCCAGACCAUCGCUGAGGCUCAGGCUCUCGGUCUCUCCGUCAAGAUGCUUACUGGUGACGCCAUUGCUAUCGCCAAGGAGACCUGCCGCAUGCUUGCCAUGGGUACCAAGGUUUACAACUCGGACAAGCUCCUCCACAGCGACAUGGCUGGCAGCGCUAUCCACGACCUUUGCGAGCGCGCUGAUGGUUUUGCCGAAGUUUUCCCCGAGCACAAGUACCAGGUCGUCGAAAUGCUUCAGCAGCGUGGCCAUCUCACUGCCAUGACUGGUGACGGUGUCAACGAUGCCCCGUCCUUGAAGAAGUCCGACUGUGGUAUCGCUGUCGAGGGUGCCACCGAGGCUGCCCAGGCCGCUGCUGACAUUGUCUUCCUCGCCCCCGGUCUCGGAACAAUCGUGUCUGCUAUCAAGAUCUCCAGGCAGAUCUUCCAGCGCAUGAAGGCUUACAUCCAGUACCGUAUCGCUCUCUGUCUCCAUCUCGAGAUCUACCUCGUCACGUCCAUGAUCGCCAUCAACGAGACUGUUCGUGUCGACCUGAUCGUCUUCCUGGCCCUGUUCGCUGAUCUUGCCACCAUCGCCGUCGCUUACGACAACGCCCACUACGAGCGCCGUCCCGUCGAGUGGCAAUUGCCCAAGAUCUGGAUCAUCUCCAUCGUCCUCGGUACUCUGCUCGCCAUAGGCACCUGGAUCCUCCGCGGUACCAUGUGGCUCGAGAACGGCGGUAUCAUCCAGCACUACGGCAGCAUCCAGGAGAUCCUCUUCCUCCAGAUCUCCCUUACUGAGAACUGGCUCAUCUUCGUCACCCGUGGCUUCAACACCUUCCCUUCGUGGCAGCUCAUCGGCGCCAUCUUCGGUGUUGACAUCCUCGCCUCCCUCUUCGCUGGUUUCGGUUGGUUCUCUGGUGGUCUCGGCGAGCCCGCUAUCCCCGCCUCCCUGGCCAAGAACCUGUCGGAGAACGGCGCCGUCGACAUUGUCACCAUCGUCCUGGUCUGGAUCUACUCCAUCGCCGUCAUCAUCGUCAUUGGUAUCGUCUACUACGUCAUGACCGGCUGGAAGCGCCUGGACGACCUCGGCCGCAAGAAGCGCUCCGCCCAGGACACCAUGAUGGAGAACAUCCUCACCCACCUGAGCAAGGUCGCCGUCGAGCACGAGGUCGACGCUCGUGGUGGCAACCGCUACUACAUUGCUACCAAGCAGGUUGUCGAGGAGGAUGACUAAAUUUACUCACCUCCUGCAACUGCACACAUAGUACAAUGCUACUACAACAAUUUCUUUGAACAACAAAAAAAAACGAAACAAAAAAAAACAUAAAAAAGAGAUGCACUUGUCUGCACUGUAUACCCUGGAUUUUUCUUUUGUAGGGGUUUUUUAUUUUGUAUACACCCCAUUUUAUUUUCCCGGAGGCGUUUACAUAUGCACAAGGUGGCAAAACAUUUUAGACUAUGGGGGUUUGGGGCGCUAUUCAGCGAUCACAUAAUUUUCUUUUCAAUAAAUAUAGUUAAAACUCA